UAGUAAAUUUGAUCUCAUUGGUGCAGCGAUUGCGGGCCAGAGGGCAACUACUCGACGAUUCGGAACCUAUAUUUCGCCUCUAACAAAAGCAAAUGCUUUUAAAACGUUUUUACAAUAAAGCAGAGAAGCAAGUAUAUAUCAGCAGCGGGUACGCCUUUUGUCAGGGGUGAUCUGCUGAGUCGGAUUGCAAUCUAAUGGUGCGUUGCUGGCUUGUGUGCGUGUGUGGAAUCUGCUUAUUUCCUGGUUGAGUCGCCGGGCGAGGCGCAGGGGUUUAAAAGAUGGAAGGAAACAGAGACGAAGCGGAGAAAUGCUUGAGGAUAGCCCGUAAAGCGCUGCAGGAUGGUGACCAGGUCAAAGCGCUGAAGUUCCUAAACAAGGCGGAGAAGCUAUACCCAUCUGCCGAGGCAAAAGCACUAAUAGAUGCUAUCACUAAGAAUGGAAGUGCUGCUGGUGGUCCGCGACAGCGACCUGAAUCGGGCAAGCCUAACCAGGCAAAGUCUACGGGCCCAGCUGAAAAUGGGGCCAUGCCAGAGAAGGAGGAGAAAAUGGAGACAGCAAAGGCCUACACGAGUGAGCAAUUGGAAGGAGUUCAGAGGAUAAAGAAAUGUAAAGAUUACUAUGAAAUCCUCGGGGUCAGCAAGGAUGCACCUGACGAGGAUCUGAAGAAAGCUUACAGGAAACUGGCGCUGAAGUUUCAUCCUGAUAAAAACCAUGCACCUGGAGCGACCGAGGCGUUUAAAGCAAUUGGAAAUGCCUAUGCUGUGCUCAGUAACCCAGUGAAACGAAAGGAUUAUGAUCAGUAUGGUGAAGGCCAGUCCCCUGGGAAUUAUCAGCAUGGAGGCUUUGAAUUUCAUCGAAAUUAUGAAGCUGAUAUUACUCCAGAAGAUUUAUUUAACAUGUUCUUUGGUGGAGGAUUUCCUGCAGGUAGUGCACAGACGUACUCCAAUGGAAGAGCGAGGUUUACAACGCACCAAUCGUAUCACCGAGCUGAUAGAGACAACGAGCGAGCAGACGGAGGAUUUUCGAUGUUUUUACAGCUGUUACCUAUAAUUGUCUUGAUCUUGGUGUCUGUUUUAAGCCAAUUGAUGGUAUCAUCUCCACCAUAUAGUCUCUACUAUCGAGCUGCUGUGGGGCAUACUGUCAAGAGGCAAACCAGCAACCUUAAAGUAGUUUAUUUUGUCAACAAAGACUUUGAAAAAGAAUAUACAGGUGUGAUGAUACAAAAAGUGGAAAAAAGUGUUGAAGAAGAUUAUAUAACCAACCUUCGAAAUAACUGCUGGAAGGAACGGCAGGAGAGAAGUGACUAUCUUUAUGCGGCCAAGGUGUACCGAGAUGAUCGCCUUCGAAAGAGAGCGGAGCUGAUGAAGAUGGAAAGUUGUGAGAAGCUAGCAAAACUAAAUGAUUUGUAUCGAGGAGGCUGAGCUGGGCUACAGGGUCUUGCCUUUUAAUUUAAAUGUUUAUUGUACAGGGAGACAUUUCAAUUUAUCAUUAUUUUAAAAAGAAUAAAUCUAAGUCUUGUAACCUUGAAAGCCCUGCCCUUUGGACUGAUUACAUGAGUGUCUGAUUAUAGCCAAAGCAAUUUGUGAUGGCUGUGUGUGCAUGUGACCCCCCCCUUCACUUUAUUGUAUACAAUACAGUGUAUUCUAGAUUAGCUUUUUAAAAAAGCACAUGACUAUAGUCGAUAGAACUAAUGUCAGCUAAUAUCAUGGGUUUUAUGAGCAUUGGGUCUCCAUUUUUAAUUCAGCCGAGUGCUUGUGUUGAAGUUCACACAAGUUGGACCCCAUAUACCAACUGAGCUAAUGAACCCAAUCCAUAACUGUCUUUGUGUAGUUGAAAAGACUUUCCUGACUCUCGGUUUAGAUUUUGUACUUUUGAAAUAUUUAGUGACUCUUGACAAAGUAAUCUAAUUCUGGUACAUUCUUGAUGGAUUUUAAUGCAUUCCUUGGUUAUAAUGUCCUGCAAUUGUAGAUAAAUCCCUUUUUGAGACAUGGAGAUUUGUUUUGACGAGAUGAAUUCAUUGACCAAUUUUGUCACUUGCUAGUUUCAGUAAGCAAUGAGGUGAUUAUAAUGACAUACUCCUUAUAUUAAGGAUUAUGUAGAUGUUCUUGAGAAUGUCCACUGAUGCAUGUAUAACAGUACAUUAGCCUCUUGAUUUGUGAAUAUUGUACAGUCGUGAUGUAUUCUUGAGAGCUGCCUUUUGUUUCUUUUGAGCUGUGUCUAAAGAUAACAGAUGUAUAUAAAUUCAUGAAGGAAACUCCCUGUGCAAAUUAGAAUUUGUGCACUGUGUUGUGUGUGCGGGAGAUUGAGCAAGGUGAGGGAACGACGUGAUUUCUGAAAUGAAAAAUCUGACUGCCCCCUCUAAUGGAUUGACUUGCAGCUGGUAAAUGUAUCUCUCCUCUGCACUCCCAGUCUCAACAUAACUCAAAUACUUCAAUGGCCUGUCAUCAUGUGUAAAAUUUUACACCUUUUUCAUGCACAGCUAAGGCUUUGCGGGUACUUUUAUCAGACCAUGAAAGUACCCAAAGCUGGUGAUAAGUGGGAACAGGAGGAGAAGGAGCAGCCUGUGAAGUCUGCUUCACUAUUCAAUGAGACUGUGCCUGAUCUUCUACCUCAACUUGCACACACUUGCCAGAGAUAACCUUGGUGCCCUGAAGACGUUAAUCUGAGUGAAGGAAUACCUUCGCACCUUGCGCCUAAGUGGCUGAGCUUUGGAGGCUGUGACAUUCUCUUGAUCAUUUCUGCCCAGAAUAAGCCUUCGAGCAUUUUAAGACCUCUUCCAUAAACGUUUUGGUUUGGUGAGAUCACCUCCCAUUCUUUCAGCCUCUUUGGAAUGUAGGUUUAGUCUUGCUAUUCAUUCCUCAUGAGGGUGGGUGCAUGGGGAAAUCAUUCUAGUUAAUUGUUCCUGUAAUGACAUAGGGACCCCCCCCCCAUUUCAGGCUUCUGUUUGUUAAACGUUCAUCACACUCCCCAUAAAUAGGCCCUUCCUCAGUUAAAAGAUCAGCCGCAUGUAACUACAGGUGUGGUCUUACCUGUGAUUAUAGUAAUAUAUAUUUUAUUAUUGUUCUUCCAAUCGCCUGCAAUAGAAGUCCAACAUCCAUUUGCUUUCCAAAUUACUUGUUACCCUGCAUGUUGAUUUUCCUGAUGUAAGAUCGUGACCGGAAAUGUUGAUCAUUCCACAGAUGCUGCCUGACCCACUGAGAUCUUCCCAACAGUUUUUUUUUGCCCCACAUACCAGUGUUGCAGUCUCUGGUGUUUUUAAUGUAUCGGGAGUCUGGGUCCCUCUGAACACUCUCAGCUCCCAGCUUUGCUGUUUAAAGAAAAAAGAAAGAAAAUCUGGUUUUCUGUUUUAACGGUGAAAGUGGAAAAGUUCUUAUUCCAUUUGCCAUCAACUUGUCCUUUGACAUUGUUGUUAUCUAUUUAGGGCCAAUGUAUCCUUGGAGAAUAAGUUUUGGAUUUGUAUCAUUGGACAAUGUGGAGACUUUAGACAAAAAGCUGGAGAAACUCAGUCAGGUGACAUCUGUGGAGGGAAUUAGAUGGUUGAUGUUUCAAAACCGGAAACAUUGGUUAUCGAUUUUCAUCUCUGUUGAGUUGCUGCAUGACCUGUUGAGUUCCUCCAUCUUUUUGUUUAUGAACGUUGUGCCAUAAUCCAGCAAUCUCUUGUUACCAAGGAGAUAUUACAAUUAGUUGCUUCACCCAACUGAUUCCGUAGACACUUGGGCUAAAGAACUGACCUUUGCUGUACUGUACUCAAAAUCAGACACUUAUUCUUCUCGCUUUCCAAGUAUUAACCAAUUCUGAAUCAUUCCUAAUCAUUAAAAAUUCUAAACAAAAAAGGCCCCACAUCUUGUGUUAGUGAAAUUAGUAGAAACGGCUGAGAUUCUAAUUGCACAUUUGAAUUGCUGAUUGUAAUAUAUAUUUAAUGUACCUUUCUCUUAAUCUGCAUCAAAUAAAAGUUAUUUUAAGUGUGUAA